AGAAUACGCAGAUGAUUCCAGUAGGAAGAACAAAUGAGCAAUUGUUGAUGAGGAUGUAUGUAACUGACACAUGUAAAAGCUACAUAUUUGAUUUGGCAAUGGGAGAUUUUUUGUCCUCUGGCUCAAGUAAAACUUGUUCACAUAAUUCCUCUCGUUUUUAUAUUUUUAGGCAUUUACAGAUCUAUGAAAAAAGCAAAUACAGUAGAUAUAUGACAUUAAAGUUUAUUGAUAUUGUUAAAUCGAUGACGCUUUGGGCAAAAAAUCGUAAUUUAAAGCUGUACUUUCGUCUGAUGUUGAUGAGAUAUUCUAAAGAAUAAAAUACAUGUAACUUAACGUUCAAAACUCCUGUGCUGAACGUUUUCAAUUUUGCGCAGUGCAUUUCUCUGGGGAGACCUUUACUUUCACUUUUUGACUGAUAAGAAUCAGAAGUGCGAUGUUCCAAAUCGUUGGUCAAUCGAGGUCAAGUUGAACCAGAUCGAGGUCAGCGAAGGUCAAUAGCUGCAGGUAGGGCGAUGUUGACGUUUUCUUCUAUUUUAAUCCUCAUACGUACAGAUGGUUUCGUGACACCCUUCGUGACACGCUUAUUAAGUGAGUUCCGGUUGUGCCCUACUCCUGCAGUGCACAGGUUGUAUUAAUUAAUCCCUGAAGCAGGAUUACGUUAGAACCGCCCACUUUUCCAGGGAUCUCACUUCCUCAAUCCUUCUGGCUUCUCCAAGUCUGCUUUAUCUCGAAAGUUAUACUCUAACAUGUGGUUAGACCUGUCUGUGUUUGUGAGCGCUCUGAUGACUCACAUGCGGGGCUGCUGUCAUACUUUAAUUUUGGCAGGCGGACCGGAAGUGUUGACUGGUGGUGCCCCAACCGGGAAGUCUUCCAAACUUCAGAAAGUCUUGUCAGCAACUUUUUACUUCCCCUUCUCGGUCAGUUAGGCUGAGUUUGCAGGGCCAGCUUGAUGUUACCGUGUAUGUUCCUGUAAAGUUGGUCUGAUUGUUAGUCUCAACAGCAGCUGUGCAAGAAUGGCACCACCAGGUUUUAUCAUGUGCUUUGUGAACUUCAGUUUGACCCUGUGUCUGCUGUUUGCGGGAGGGAACAGCCAGCAUUCCAAGGAAUUUCCAAACUUCCGACCAGGGGAGGUAGGACAGGGGCUUCAGCACUUAUCAGUGGACAAGAACUCAGGAAGGGUCUACCUGGGAGCUACCAAUAUCUUGUACCAGCUGUCUGCUGACCUUGAGCUGCAGAAAACCUACAAGUCUGGGCCGGUUUGGGACAGUCCGAGAUGCGGACCAUUCGCUCAGCAUUGCAGGGAAGGAAAGGUCCUGUCAGACAACGAAAACAAGGUUCUACUUGUUGACGAGUCGCUCGGAGUCCUCCUAGCAUGUGGAUCAGUACUGCAGGGCGCCUGUUCGGUCCAUCCUCUGGACAACAUUGCAUCGGGACAAUAUGUUCUCAAUGAUGACGACAGGGCCACAUAUGUAGCCUCAGGUGAAUCAGCUGUCGCCUUCUUCGCACCUGGGCAUGAUGGUUCUCAAAGUCUGUAUGUAGGGUCAGAAUAUGAACCUGACAAGCCAGCUGAGUUCUCCAUCCCUGCAGUUUCAACAAGAACACUCAGUCACACCACAGAAUACAAGUUCAACUUCGCUCUUCAAACUCAGCAUCAGCGUUCGUAUGUCUCUGUGAACAGCAACUAUGCCGCAGAUUACCGAAUCAAAUAUGUGGAUGGUUUCAGUCACGAUGGCUUCAGUUACUUCCUCACAGUUCAGAAGACAUCCGUUGACUCACAGUCCUAUCACUCCAGACUUGUCCGUGUUUGCCAGAAUGACAGAGCCUAUUUCUCCUACACUGAACUCCCCAUCACCUGUUAUGGUCACAAUGAAAAAGCCUAUGGCAUCAUACAGGCUGCUGCCUUGCACAAGCCUGGAGGCAACCUGACUUGGGUCUACCCUGGUAUGACCACAACAGAUGAGGUUCUAUUUGCUGUCUUUGCAGAGAGUGAAUCUGAGGACAGCCCAGUCCCUAAAAACGGCUCAGUCCUGUGCACCUUCCCUAUGUCAGAUGUUCGUGCACAUUUUCAGGAUGGAAUCCAGUCCUGUUACGGAGGCGAGGGACAGCCAGGUCUGGCAUUUCUGUACCAGCCAGGCCACAACAGAGUCUGCCAGGAGACAACUACAGAAAUAGAUGAAGAUUUCUGUGGGUCUGGUGUGAUUGGUCCAAUUGAAAUCUCGGAGGAUGGAGAGCUGUAUGACUACAGUGUCCUGGAUGAAGACAGCUUCUCUGACAAGCUGGUCACUAGCCUGGCUGUCACUGUGCAACAGGGACACACAGUGGCCAUGCUUGGUACUGCAGAUGGAUUCAUUCAUAAGAUUAUGCUGGAUGAUCAUAUGGAUAACAAACCCCUCAUCAGCCUGGAUGUUGGACAUGGACAUCCCAUCAACAGGGACAUGGAGAUGGACCCCUCCGAGGAGCACCUGUAUGUCAUGGCAGGGGAACAGGUGAUGAAAAUACCCAUGAAGAGCUGCAGCCUGUACCAGGAUUGUGGGACCUGCAUCACUGUGGAGGACCCAGCCCUGGAGUGUGGCUGGUGCAAGACACAGGGAGCCUGCAGUACAAGGCAGGACUGCAUGAGGGACAUCCAGUGGUCCAGAGAUACCUGUCCUCCAGUCAUCUAUGAAUUUAGUCCCACAUCCGGGCCAAUAGAUGGUGGUACAAAUAUAACAAUUCUGGGAGACAACCUUGGUGACAUGGCCAUGGCUGACACGCACAUUGUCAGGAUCUGGGGACAGGAGUGCGCACUAGUGGAGCAUGCAAGUGACUUCAACAAACUUGUGUGCACCACAGCCCCUAGUGAGGUAGCACAGGACCAUGUGACAGUGGAGGUCCAUGAGGAGUCUGCUGCUCUGGGCUACACCAUCAGUGGCACAGGUUACUCCAGGCAACCCUUCAGCUAUGUGGAUCCCCAAGUGACAAGCAUCAGCCCAACCCUGGGACCCAAGGCAGGUGGGACAGUCCUUAUAAUCACAGGACAACACCUGGAUACCAGCAGGGGUCCUCAGGUCUCUGUGGCGGGACAGGUGUGCAGGAUACAGAGUAUUUCAGAUGACACACUGGCAUGUAUGACUGCCCCAUCAUCCACACCGACAUCUGGACCUGUCUCGCUGACUUGGGACGGAGCCACACGAUACACAGAUGACUUGUUCACAUACACAGAAAACCCUGCAGUCACUGAUAUCAUCCCAAAGAGAAGCUCUUACAGUGGAGGUACUGAACUCAAUGUGACAGGCGUGAAUUUACAUAGUGUGGCUCAACCCAGGAUGAACUUCAGUUUUCUACAGGGGAAUGAAGUGGUCUCAUUCCUUCAGACUUGCAUCCAUGCAGAGUCAGCCAGGUCAACUCAGAUGAUCUGUCAAUCACCCAAUAUCUCCAGCAGGCUCCACCCACUCCCAGCUCCACAGCCAAUCACAGUACAGCUCUCUCUGGUGUUAGAUGGAGUGCUGGAUGAGCCAUCUCCAGACCUGAGAUAUUUUACCUAUUACCCUGACCCUGUGUUCUUCAGUUUCGACCUUAGUAAGGCAUAUCCCAAGACUGGGAGAACAUUGAUGCUCAGGGGUGACCACCUUGACAGUGCACAUGGUAUCAGAGACUUCACAGUGCUUGUAGGACAACAUAGUUGCAGAGUCACAUUGCUGAACUCACAGGAACUACACUGCCUUUUGCCAGAAGACCAGAAGUUUAGCAACUAUACAGAUGCACCAGUGAUGGUCAAUGUUGGAAACCUUCAAUUUACUGUUGGUGAGUUAAAACUACAGUUUGCUCAUAGCAAGAAGGUCCCUGAUGCCAUCAUCAUCUAUGUCUGUGCUGCCAUUGUUUUGUCAAUCCUGGUCCUUGUGGCUCUAUUGGUUGCCUGGAAGCGACGCCAUGGCAACCCCAUCAUCAGGAGGACCAAUAGGAACGGCUUGUGGCAUGUCCCUGAUGAACAGAUAGCCAUGGUGGACAUGAGCAGUCCUGCACCACAGCCUGAUCCCAUCAGUGUGGCCAGGCAGCUGUCCAGGGACAACAAUUAUGAGUCCCUCCCAUCUGAGUAUGAAAACAACACCCUGGGCAGACUGAGGUGUGAUGACCCUGACCUGGCUGCAUCUGUGGAGGAGACUCUGAUCCCCAGACAGAAGCUCCACCUACAUAACAUCAUUGGCAAAGGUUUCUUUGGAAGUGUUUUCUAUGGAACAUACCAACAUCCAGUAGAGAAGGAGCCUGUCAGAGUUGCUAUCAAGACUCUCAACAGAGACAACUGUGACAUGAAUGACAUAGAGAACUUCCUGCGGGAAGGCAUCAUGAUGAAGGACUUUAACCACGAGCAUGUCCUGCACCUGGUGGGGGUCAGUCUGCCCACUACGGGCGCUCCGCUGGUCGUCCUGCCCUACAUGAAGCUAGGGGACCUACACAGCUUCAUCAGGAACCCUCAACAGUUGCUGACUGUACAAGACAUCCUAGGAUUUGCACUGCAAGUGUGCAAGGGAAUGGCGUAUCUAUCCAGUCUGAAGUUUGUUCACAGAGACCUGGCUGCCAGGAACUGCAUGGUUAGUGAAGACUUGGUGGUGAAGGUGGCAGAUUUUGGAUUGUCCCGAGACCUGUAUGAGAAGGACUACUAUACCUGUGGGGAUAAGAAGGCCAGACUGCCUGUCAAGUGGAUGGCACUGGAGAGUUUGUUAGAUGGUACCUACACGACCAAGAGUGAUGUGUGGUCCUUUGGAGUGUUGAUGUGGGAGCUAGCCAUGAGAGGAGUGAACCCAUACCCAGAUGUGGACAACUUUGACCUGGCCGUGUACCUACAGCGGGGCAGCAGGCUGAGGCAGCCAAAGUACUGCCCAGAUCACAUCUAUACCAUGAUGCAGCAGUGCUGGCAGGUAGAGCCUGACCUCCGACCGACCUUUGAUGACCUUGUGUCCCGGCUGAGUGAGGCAUUACCACCCACCAGCCCUGUUCCUGAGGGAGAACAAUCUGUUCAAGACUUUGAAGAAUGCUAUACUGAUGUCUUAGCAAGAGCAUGAUAAGACUAAAAGAUCUGCUGAGAACUUUCAAACUGCGUUGAAGGGUUUAGUCCCUGCUGCAUUUUAUCAGCAUUAACAUUGGCAAUAAGUUGUGAAUGAUCGACAUGGGUCCUUUGCAGCAAUUUGUGGAAAACUUGCGUAAUCAGGAUAUUAUUUGGUCUUAAUGUGUGCAAUUUUUAUUUCCAAUUAACAAUACAUUUUUGCCCUUAACUGUACAACUACUAGAUGUAACUAUAUCAGAAAUCUACCAAACAUUUGUAUUCUAGAUAACUAUAUGGAUUCCAUGUACAGGCUAUUGGUACUUUUCAAAAUAUCACACUGCUUAAAACUUAAUUCAAAAUGUGAUGUGACUUUGAGUCAGUUUGACUAUAUACUAUGCUGACUAUAUAUUUGCAUUCUGCCUAUUCAUAAAAAUGUCGAGGCAGAUGAAUGACAGUAGACCUAUUGUUGGAAAGUGGUCAAGUUUUGAUAAAGUAACACUAAGCCAUGACUUCUCUGUAUGGAACAGGACUAGAUUGUAUUUACUGUGUAAAAAUCUAUGAUAUACUGAAUCAAUACAAUGCAUACAUGUAUGUGCAAUUUUGAAUCAUGCUAACAACGCUGUACAUAAUGUUAUGCAACUGAUGCCUGAAGUUUGAAGAGGCAACUAUUAAUUGUAGUUAAGGCCAUGUUGAUUUGAUUAUAUGGAUGACAUCCUCUGGGAACUCCAAAACUGAUGCGAGCGAGCGA